GUUGUGCUCGGCCGCGGCCAAGUGGGGCGCAACACGCCCGAGAUGCGGGCGCCUGUAUCCCUAUAAAUUGUAGCACGCGCGUCCACGGCGGACGUAAUGCGGAUCUAAACGCACGUGCCGCGACAUCUAAGCAACGGGAUACCUUAGCUUCGAGCAGGACUAGCCGCGAUGAUCGGACACCUCAUCCUCGUCUUCGCCUGCAUGUCGAGCGCCACUCUGGCGGCUCCACAGUGGUACGGAGGACCGGCCUACGCACCCCACGCCUCCCCCGCACCCUUGGGUCCCGAUGGCCGCGUGGUCGACACCCCGGAAGUCGCUCAACUCAAGGCUGCUCACCUGAACGCUCUGGCGGAGGCUAACGCGCGCGCACCCAAGGGACCGGCCUCUUACGUCGGGCCCGACGGGCCUUACGCCUCUGGGAAUUACAUCUCGCGUUACAGCGGACCACCGGCUCCACUGGGUGCGGACGGUCGCGUGGUCGACACACCCGAGGUUCAGCAAGCCAAGGCCGUCCAUUUCUCUCUCUACAAUGCGGAAGCGCAGCGCGUGCCGGCCGGUCCAGUUGAUCCAGCUGGCGCCUACGACCCGUCCUGGAACAAUGCUGCCUACAAUCCCACCUGGGAGGGUCCCGCUCGCAACUACUAUCGUAGUCGUAUAACCGUCGCAAAGGAGCCACCGCCGUACUUCCGGUUGCCCGACCGAACGAAGAGGAAACCGAAGAGGAGGAUGUACAGCUGCGAGAUGAAGCUCUUGGCGGUCGCGUUGCUCGCCCUGACGAGCCUGGCUUCGGCCAAGCCGGCGUUCCUGCCUCUACCGUUGACGUACGCGAGCCUGACACCCUCAGGACAAAUCGCCGGGAACAACGGAGGACCGCUGGACGUGCAGGAAGUCGGGAGGCAGCAGCAGCAGCAGCAGCAGCAGCAGCAGCGUGUGCUCGACGACGGCAGGACGAACCUCGCGGCGGACGAAAGCCCGCGCUCGCAGCUGCAGGCUACCCUGCGAUCGCGACAGUCUACCUUAACGUCGCCCGCGCCCCUCGGCGCUGACGGCAGGGUGGUGGACACCGCGGAGGUCGCGGCCGCGAAAGCGGCGCACGCGGCUGCGCACGUGAACGAGCGCUUGAACCUGGCGAACGAGGCCGCGAGGUCCGGAGCUGCCGGCGGCUCAGACUCGUCGGAGGUCCCUGACGACAGCCUGAUCGCGGCCGACGCCGACGCCAGGAUCCCGGAGGCUGGAAACAUCAACCUGGCCAGUGAGGUCGUGAGGUCUGGCGACGCCUUCACGCGGAUUGUUGACGGCGGGGGCGCGGUGGUGCCGCUGAUGCUCAGCAACGGCGUCGUCGUCACCGCUCUGCUGCCGGUUGAGUCCGAGGGCAGGUUUCCGGCGGACUCGCAGGAAGUCGCGGGCAUCGGCAAUCGUCUGAACGUCGUUCAGAACGACGUGAAGACGGUGGACGCUCUGGCGGUGGCUGGUCCGGCUCUCGCUUACGGCAGGUUGGUCUACUGAUCUCGGGGACGCGGUGCACGCUCGUGGGAGACACGACCGGAGGGUCCACCUCCUCCCGGACGAAUGAACCUGCUCCGCUACCGGCCGCUGAUGACCACGUUCCACCUACGACCAGGCUCGACGCGCGCGCGCGCGCGCGCG